GCAGUGGCAGCUGCUCCCCCAUUGACCUGAGUGCAGCCCUCGUGCUGGUCCGUGUUCCUUGUCCGCUCGCUGCUCCCCGGAAGGUCUGGGGUGUGGGAGGGCUGCUCCCGACCCCCCACGCGCCUUGAGCAGCGGGAGGAUGUGGAGGGGAAGGGCCCCUGACUUCUCUCCUUUGGGGGCUGCCUCUGCCCCCCGGUGAGCCCAGCGCCGCAGCGCGUUUGGGGGUGCGCGGAGCGGGGGGGUCUCCUAAGCAUGAGUGCAGGGGCUGAGUGUGAACCCCCCAGCAAGAGAGUCAGGUUGGACCCCCCCGCAUCCCCCACCCCCGGCUCGGAGGAAGAGCAGCCCCCUUCUUUGGGCAGAAAAGGGACACUGCAGCCUCCGCCUCCUCCUCCUCCUCCUCCAUCUCCCCCUCCCCCUCGGGAACGAGGGCCCAGAAGCAGCGGUAGUAGCCAAAGCUUGGCAGCCACGGUGGGGAACAAAGUUUACAAACAAAGGACAAUUACCACUUGGAUGGAGAAUAAAGGACCCAAGACAACAGAGUUAAAGAGUUUGCAGGGCAAAACUAAUAGCACAGGAGCAGAUCCCAAGAUGACUUCUGUUAAAAAGGAUAACUUGUGUGAGCAUGAUGUUAAAAAGCUAGAGAAUAUUUGUCCACAAAGCUAUCCAACAAAAUCUGUGGAAAUGAGUACGAAACUUGUAAAUCUGCCUCAGACUGGCAACCUGUGUAAAUGGGAGGCAGAGGGGCCAUGCAGAGAUCAGCCAUCAGAAAUAGAGCCUGUUAAAGGGACCCGGUCUGGAGAUCAGUUUAAAAAUGCCAAUAUUGAUCACAUGCACAAAACUGGCAAGCAGGUUCACAGAGGUAGUGAAGAAAAUAGUGACAAUUGGACUCAAAGGAAAUUAUCACCAGGCAGGUCUGUGAAGAUGGCAAAUACAAAACAUCCAUCAAAAGACAGUGAAACAGAAGGAAAAGUGACUUCAUGUAAUCCACAGCAGCUAAAGAGCUGCAAUCCUGUCCACGUAGUCUGUGUGACUAGUGAGCAAGAUGAGGUGGAUGUAGUUCCCGAAAGCCCACUUUCAGAUGUUUGCAGUGAUACCUAUGUAUCUGAUAUCGGAGGUCCAGGAAAACCAAACAAAUAUCAAAGUAGUUCAGGAGAUUCGCAUGCUUUUGAGAAAGAAAGUGAACCGGAGUCACCAAUGGAUGUAGAUAAUGCCAAGAAUAGCUGCCAGGGCUCAGAAGCUGAUGAAGAAACAAGUCCAUUUCUUGAUGAGCAAGAGGAUGUUGACACAUCAAAAGCUACAAGCAAAUCUUCCAGGUUUCAGCGGGGAAACACUGACCCAGAGUUGAGAAGGUCACAGUUUUCUUCCAAAUUUUGUGAAGGUGCUCGAUAUAACCUCCAUUUUGAGGGGACGGAUGACUCUGUCAAAGAGGAUGAAUUGCAUACGAAGUCAUAUGGGAUCUCUCCCGCUCUUUCAUCAGAAUGCAAAGGUGCAAAACACUGUGGGAAGAAGGACUCGAAAAUCACUGCCCAUUUCAUGAGGAUACCCAGAACAGAGGAGAAAAGCAGGAAAGAACCUUGUGAAUUCAAACACCCAAGGCCGGGAAGGAAGAUUCCUAAAUAUAUCCCACCUUCACUUCCAACUAAUAAGAAAUGGUUUGGGACACCUAUUGAAGAGAUGAGAAGAAUGCCUAUGUGUGGGGCUCGUCUUCCUCAUUUGAGACCAUCAACCAAUCACACAGUGACCAUCAGAGUAGAUCUACUGAGGGAAGGAGAGGUGCCAAAACCUUUUCCAACUCAUUAUAAAGAUAUGUGGGAUAAUAAACAUGUUAAAAUGCCCUGUUCAGAACAAAACUUAUACCCUGUAGAGGAUGAGAAUGGUGAUAGGACUGCUGGAAGCCGAUGGGAGCUAAUCCAGACUGCACUACUUAACAAGUUCAUCAGCUCACACGAUUUGAAGGAGGCUAUAUUGAGAUAUAAUGUUGCUUAUGCCAAGAAGUGGGACUUCACUGCUCUUACUGACUUCUGUGAUAAGGUGCUCGAAGAUGCAGAGUCUCAGCAUUUGUUCCAGUCCAUCUUGCCUGAUAUGGUGAAGCUAGCACUGUGCCUCCCUAAUAUCUGCACUCAGCCAAUACCGUUACUGAAACAAAAGAUGAAUCACUCCAUCACAAUGUCACAGGAGCAGAUCGCUAGUUUUCUAGCCAAUGCUUUUUUCUGCACUUUUCCACGACGCAAUGCCAAGAUGAAGUCUGAGUAUUCUAGUUAUCCAGACAUUAACUUCAACAGGUUGUUUGAAGGGCGGUCGCCAAGGAAGCCUGAAAAGCUUAAAACGCUUUUCUGCUACUUUAGAAGAGUCACAGAAAAAAAACCAACUGGAUUAGUGACGUUUACAAGACAAAGUCUUCAAGACCUUCCAGACUGGGAAAGAUCUCGUAAAAAACUGACCAGAUUGUAUGUCACCUACGAGGGCACUAUAGAGAGCAAUGGAUGUGGUAUGCUACAGGUUGAUUUUGCAAAUCGUUUUGUUGGAGGUGGUGUCACUAGUGCAGGACUGGUACAAGAAGAAAUUCGUUUUUUAAUCAAUCCAGAGCUGAUAGUAUCUCGGCUCAUCACUGAAGUCCUGGACCACAAUGAAUGUCUUAUUAUCACAGGUACUGAGCAAUACAGUGAAUAUACAGGCUAUGCAGAAACAUACCGAUGGGCGAGAAGCCAUGAAGAUGAUACCCCAAGGGAUGAAUGGCAGAGGCGCUGCACUGAAAUUGUUGCUAUCGAUGCAUUUCACUUCAGACGUUUCCUUGAUCAGUUUGUUCCUGAGAAAAUUAGAAGAGAACUCAACAAGGCAUACUGUGGCUUCGCUCGACCUGCUGUUCCCCCUCAGCAUCUUUCAGCAGUAGCUACAGGAAACUGGGGAUGUGGUGCCUUUGGUGGCGAUUCCAGGUUGAAAGCCUUAAUACAAAUCCUUGCAGCUGCAGAAGCUGGGCGAGAUGUGGUUUAUUUUACCUUUGGAGAUGCUGAGCUGAUGAGAGAUAUUUACAACAUGUACACCUUUCUCACUGAGAAGGGCCAAACUGUCGGGGAUGUUUACAGGCUGUUACUCAGAUAUUAUAAUGAAGAAUGCAGAAGCUGUUCUACUCCAGGACCAGAUGUGAAGCUUUACCCUUUCAUAUAUAAUACCCUUGAAUCCUAUGCAGAUUCCACCGAUGAAGAUGAGAAAGGAUUGUGCUUUGAUGACUAAAAUAAAAAUUUAUGAGGAUUUUUUUCCUCUCUGUCUAAUAUAUUAUUUGAAUUGCUGAAUGUAAAAUAUGGACCGGCUUAACUUAAUAUCAAUGUAUAUAAUACUGCAUUUGUAAUCCUAUAAAUUCUCCUAACCUAAAACCAAACUUUGAGGUGAGAUUUUCUGUUUAUACAAUGUAAACCCCAUCCAUCCACAUAUAUAAAGGGUUGUUUUGUAAAUCCUAUUUGCAUGUCUUCUUGUUCAUUGGCAGAUUUUGGUCUAUAUUUGUUACCCUUUGGAACCAACAAAUACCAGUUUAUGUGAAAACUCUCUUUAAGAAAACCUAUAAAAUAUACCAAUUUCCAACAUAAAGUGAUUACUAGUAAACCCACUAGUAAAGCCAUGUAACUCAUGGGCGUGAUGUUAGGAAAGCCUGUAAUUAUCCAUUUUAUUGGAAAUUCUAACAGUUCCAGUCCAUCCCUGAAACUGCCAUGGUACUUUUUGCCUUUAAUUUUCACUUCUUAAUUUCUGCAGCUUUGAAAACUUCACAAUUUUAAAUGUUUUAAAUAAAAAGUAAAAGUUUCAAAACUGCAAGGAUUAUGGGGAAGCAAAAAUUAAAGCAGCACCCACAACUACUCUUCUGGUGUUGGCACUCGAGGAGAGCAGGAAAACAGGAAGUUAAACUGGGAAGGGAAAAGAGGGGCUGAGUUAUAAGGAAAAAAGAGAAACAACAUUAAAACUAGAGGAAGCAGAGAGAACAACUUCAGAUCAUUUACUUACAUUCUUAAAAAUCUAUAGUAGAACCCAAGUAUUAUAUAAAACAGUGAACAAGUUCUUAAACAUGAUGCUGUAUCUAAAAUUACUCCAGUUUUGCUGCAGUGAUUUGUAAUAUUGCUGGAAUUCAGCUAUUUGUUAGAUUUACAACAGCAUCUCAAUGAUCCCCUGCCUAGAAUAUAUACAGAUAUAUGCACAUAAUAAAAAUGAAACAAGGAUAUGAUAAUUACUUAGGCAUCAGUGGGCAAGAACUCUUUCCAUCCUACCAAAAAUAAAUAAAUAAAUAAAAACAGCAACUAUAGGGGGGGGUGCGCAUGCCUUUUGAAAUAUGGAAGAGAUAACAGAGUGGAGGUAUGUUGUAAGAAGUAAUGUAGAAACUGUGCUAUUACCAUCUUCAUGAGUCCAAAAUGAAUACUGCUGCUGUACAUUAAAGAAAUGUACAAAUGAGUUUCAAGGCUUUAGGAACAUAGCUGUAGCAUAACAUCCCAGGAAUGUAUACUGGCCAAACUCUAUUGAUUUAAGUGGAAGCUUUGCCUCUGGUAAGCAGUCUGCAGUUUAGUCCCAAGUUGGAAAGUAUGGCCCCGCCUCUCCAUUAGGCUUUUUUUGUCCAAUCUCAUUAUUGUAGCUGCUGCUACCAGUUAAGCUCCACAGGUGGUAGCAAUACUGAAAGCUGUAGAGUAGAUAAAGCACUGUUGGCCACCAGCAUUUUCAGCAUGAUGUCUGGUAGAUCUCCUCUGAGUGGGCUUAGACAACAUGGUGCUUAAAUACUGGUGCGCAUUCAGAGUCCAGCCUACAUUAAAGCUCCUGCUGCUGCUCAUACUGUUGGAGCUGAACUAGUGGGGAAUUUGGGACUUGAAAAAAGAUUAGUGCAGAGGCUCUGUAAAAACAUCUUCACAGUUAUGCUAAUGGUUCAAUGAGGAAACAUCAGCAUUCCUUGUAAUUUAAUAUAUUAUGGCACAGGUGAUUUAACCCUGCAGUUCCCAACUGUUGUACUUUCUGUCCAUCCAAAUCCAUUGAAGAGCAAAUUGAAAAAGAAAUCUUGAUAAAGAGACUUGGAAUGGCAUUUCAGCACCUUUAUUUUGUUUAUACCUGUGGCUUUAGAGCUAAAGGUAAUGUGUCUGUUCCGGGAAUUGCUCAGAUUCCGACUAUAAAAUGUUAAUGCUCAUAGUGAA